AUGGCGGACAAACUAGACUUUGAUCCAAGCGCUUUCGCAGCCGAUAUGCAACUGCGCACUCGAAAGACCCGAAACUUUGACAAGAUCGAGCACGAUCUGCCCGAUCCCAAAUCCGCUGCUUUUCAAAAGACACAAGCUGCUGCUCUCUCAGCACCUGUCAAUGUCUCAGCCUGGCUCUCACGCUUUGCACAAUGGAACCCCUUCGGAAAAGCCGUCGAUGCUGGCGAUAUAGUGUGGUUGAUGGAUAACACGGCGUACCGAAACCCCGAGACCGACCAGUGGGAGGCCGAGUUUGUCGCUGCAGUAUUCGAGAACGAGCCUAAGUGUCGCGUGGCGGAUAUAGUGUCUGGAGUUGCUUCAACGUUGGGGUUGGCGGACGAUGCGGCCGAGCGCGAUGUUAUCGAGAAGAGAAUCAUCCCGUUCCUCUGGGAUAUUCAAGCAGGGAGAGUUUUCUGGAUCGAGCAUAAGAAGAAGGAGAUUAAGUUGGGACCGACGAGUAUUAAUGGUAUUACCACGAGCGUUGAGCCUCUUCAUCACGCCCAUAAGGGGUCGGUAGUUGAUGCUACGGCGUUGGUAUCCCAAGGCACUCAAGGGCUUCAUGACAUGCAGACUUACUAUGCUGGACCUGAGGGUUGGGCCAUCAUAUCCGAUGUCGACGACACCAUCAAAGUCACCUUGACCAGCGAUCCACUAGGCAUCCUCAAGACCACCUUUGUCGACGAGCCAACACCGGUUCCUGGCAUGCCAGAGCUUUACUCAGAGCUUCAGACUCUUCUUCCUCGCGAUACUCCUUGGUUCUACCUCUCAGCAUCCCCGUACAACCUGUACCCUCUUCUUCGAGAAUUCCGAGAUCGCUACUUCCCGCAAGGCACAUUGAUACUCCGAGAUUCGAGCUGGCGUACCGUAGCUGGCUUGUUGUCGGCGCUGACAAUGGGAACUGAGGAGUACAAGGCAGAUCGCAUGAAGAAGAUUCACUCGUGGCUACCAAAAAGAAAACUCAUUCUCAUCGGCGACUCGACACAAUCCGAUCCCGAGGCAUAUGGCGAGAUCUAUCGAACGUUCCCAGGCUGGGUCAAGAUGAUACUCAUCCGCAAGGCCACAGAUGUCGCUGCUAUUGGUAUUGAAGAGAAGAACCAGCUGGAGAGAUUUGAAAAGGCAUUCAAGAACGUACCGGUUGAAGCAUGGCAUGUUUUUGAGGAACCGAGUGAGUGUAGGAACAUUGUUCGGGAUGUCGUUCGUAAGAGGAAUUGA